GCCUUUCCGGAUCCGGGGCAGUCGGGGAAGGCGGCCUGGCGCCUCCCCGUUGAGCCCGUCCGGAGUCUCCACGCCGGAGCAGCCGGCUGCCAUCGUGCAGGCCGAGCACGCGUGCUGUCUGCGGGAGGAAGCGAGCGCCGUGCCGGAGGAUGCUGAGUCACUUGCAGGCUGGCAGCGCUGAUAGAAGGGGGCCCAAGCGGGGGUGAAUGGCUCGGACGGUCACGCUGACGCACAUCCACGCUGCGCCCAGCUCUUGCUCCGGGGCUGCCAUCUUCCUGUGUCGUCUCGUGUCCCAUCAGGUCAAGCAACGUCCUGAGCGCCUGCGGCGAUUCGGAGCGCAUUGGGCAAUGCCAGGCUGGCGCGGUGCCGAUACGAUCUCCCCGCCGCCGCAGAGGGAGUCCCGUAGGCCUGCGUAGAUUGUGGUCCUGCUUCCCGACGGGUCACAGCUCUGUCACGCCACCACUUACAGACGAGGAGGGAACGCAUCCACGGCUGUGUUGAGCACCCGGUUUCCUGGCUUGUUCUGGGCAAGCCAGGGACCCUCUUGGAUGCCUCGAAAGAAAUAGAAGCCAGCCGCUGCCCGCCUGCCGUCGGUCCGGGGUCUGGCCAGGCGCAGCCCGGGAAUGGCAGGAUACGUAGCUCGGUGCGAGAGGAGGGUGUUUCCUGUUCGUACAGCAUGCUGGCUCCGAUAAAUGCUCCAUGCAGACAAAAGCCUGCCGGAAUCGCUCCAGCCACGGCAAUGAAUGGGCACGCGCUCGCGGCCGGCCGUCCAGCGCAUCCCCGCGGCUGGCAUGAGUUCUGUGAGCUGCACGCCAUCAGCACGGCCCGGGAGCUCGCCCGGCAGUACUUGCGCUUCGCCCACGAGAACCCCCACCAUGAAUUGCUGGCGGCCGAGAGCUUCUCGGUGCAGUUCGCCCACCUCUUCCAGCAGUACUUCUGCAACGAGGUGAAGGAGGGCUUUGCCAUGAGCCAGUACCGGUUCCUGCCCUUCAGCCGAGUGCGGGACUACCGGGAGACGGGCCGGCGCCACACGGACGGCUCUCUGGGCACGGUGGCUGCCAAGGCAGAGGUGGAGCUGAGCGCCCGCCCCGACCAAGCUGACAGGACCCCUGACAUUACGCCGACCGGCCUGCCCAAGGCCUGGAGCUCCGAGGAGCUGACGGGUCCCGCCUCCCCGCUGGCUGCCCGCCGGCACUUCUCCUUCACCCACCUGCGCAGGAGUUGGCGCAACCUCUUCCGCCGGAGAUCCUCAGAGGCCAUCUCUGGCGAGGGUGGGGAAAGGGAGGCCUCCGAACCUGUGCUUAAACCUGGCCUGAGCAGGAGGAUUCUGCCUUGGUCGCGGGAGCAAGCCCCCGAGGCACGCAAGGAGGGUCUCUUGAGGUACGGGCUGGUGGAUGAGACCUCCAUGGACAGCGGGACGCGGUGGCAGCGGUGCCGGCUGGUUCUGCGCAAGGCGGGGGCGGCUGACGGCGAGGACCACGUCCUGGAGCUCUUUGAUCCCCCCAAGAGCUCCAAACCAAAGCUGCGUGCGAGCUGUUCUGCCAUCCAGGAGGUCCGCCGGUGCACCCGCCUGGAGAUGCCCGACAACUUCAACACCUUUGUCCUUAAGGUGAGCAAUGCCACGGAUGUGAUCUUUGAGGCUGGGGACGAGCAGCAGCUGAUUUCCUGGACAGCAGAAAUCAAAGACUGCUUGAGCCGAGGGUCAGACGCAGCUGACGUAGAGCCACUUCCGGGCCAGCACUCCGAUGCCCUGGCGUCCAGCCCCGCGACCAGCAGCACCGACUCCCUUAACCAAGGGGCCGUGCCCUGUGCGCCCCCAGAGCCACCCUGCCAGAAAACCGACCAUUUCCUGUCAUCCUACCCCUGGUUCCACGGGCCCAUCUCUCGCGUCAAGGCUGCCCAGCUUGUUCAGCUGCAGGGGCUGGAAGGCCAUGGGGUUUUCCUCGUUCGACAGAGUGAAACUCGCAGGGGGGAAUACGUCCUCACCUUCAACUUUCAGGGAAGAGCGAAGCACCUGCGGCUCUCAUUGACCGAGCGAGGACAGUGCCGCGUGCAGCACCUCCACUUCACCUCCAUCGCGAACAUGCUGCAGCACUUCCAGCGCAAUCCCAUCCCUCUGGAGUGCAGCGCUGCUGGUGACGUCAAGCUCUCCAGCUACGUCCCUCCCUCCCAAGCCCCAGCCUCUACCAGCACCAUCCUGCUCCCCUUCUCCAUCCCCAGCUGGAGCACCGACCUCAGCCUGGCUCACCUCGGUUCCUCCAGCUGCCCACGGCUACACACGACCGACCACCUCCACCCCAGCGCUCAGCCCGAGCAGAUCUUCCACCUGGUGCCCCCUCCGGAAGAGCUGGCACAGAGCCUGCGCCUCGGUGAGGCAGCCCCCAUGCCCAUCGCCCUGCCCCGGACCUCUGACUAUGAGCUGGACUCCCCAGGCCGGGGGCACACACGGGCCAUUGACAACCAGUACACGCCACUCUGACGGGGUGGCUGGGUGGAGGCAGCGAGACACUUUUGCAAAGGAAAGUAUUUGAAACCUUGUGCCAAAAUGUUUGGGGAAUUGUACAGGAGACAGAAGAACUGGUGUUCUUUUCCUUCUGGCUCAGGAUGGUUGCAAGGAGGGGGACUAGGCUUAGGCCUGUUCAAGGGCCCUGUUUAGAUCAGAUCUCCCUCCUUACUGUUUACAGCCACAACUCCUGUUGGCUUACUGCAGUGCGAGGCUCACAGCCCCGAUCCGUUAUCGGUACUGAGUAUUUCAGUCACUUGCAGUCUCCUGGCCAGUUUUGACAUGGCUGAGGCCAGGAAAGCCUGAGUUACACCCACAGGGUUGAAAGUGCUUAAACAAAUUGCUGAUUUGGGCCACGCAGAGGCAGGGCAGAGGCACUUCCUGCCACUCAAGGAAUGUGCUGCAGUUGCAUAACAUCACCCGGUUCCCUCUUUCUCUUUCUGGAGCAGGCGCAGAUCCUAUUAGCAAAGGGUUUGCUCUGCAGUUCUGGAGGUGGAGAAGACUGGCUGGCACAGUUAACAAAUCAGUAGCUGCAGUUGAUCACUGCUACAACUGUGGCAGAAGAAAUCGUUCCAGCCACUCAUUAAUUAAGAAGGUGAACACUAACUUCCCCCUAUUGUUCUUAGAAAAAUAAUGCAACUGAUGGGUGGAGCAUGGAGACUGACAUCUCUUCCUAGUGAAGCUCCACUCCAAGACCGGGAGCGAUUUAAGCACAAAGCUAGUCAGGCAAAGAGAUUUUCCAGAUGUUUUACCUCAAGCUGUUUCUUAAAGCACAGAUUUGCUGGCCGCCCUGCUCGCUUGCUCCCCAGCUUAGCCUGCUUGAAUAGCCCCCGGAGGCCUUUCCAGCUCUGCAGAUGCUGCUCAGUUACUGGUUUCUCCCCCAGAUGGAUGCCACUGCUCCUCCCUGCCUGUAGAUCUUGCACUACCGAGCGCUAACAGAAGCUCACAUUUUUGUGCCUUACUUGGACUAAGAUUAGGGUUUGGCAUUUCUACACUUAGUCAGACACCUGUGAUUGUACCCACCCAUUUGCCUUUAUACUGCUUUGGACACUGGAUGUAGGCCCAGCUACAUGUACUUGCUUAAGGUUUAUAAGCAAUAAAAUCGCCACUUCCACAAGGCUGGAAGGCUCUCCAACGAGCACGGCCAAUCUGUUCCCAUUCACGGUCAGGCCAACGCCUCCCGCUGUGAGGCAGCAUGACAGCAGGUCUCAUGGAAAAGGAGCAGUAGAGAUUAGCCAACUUGAAAUGCGAACUGGGAGCAAGAGCAGAGGAGAGCUGGCACACAGCUACACAGCACUCCGGGUAGUGGUUUCUAGGUGGUGCACUCACGCUAAACGCACAGCCCCCACGCCAAAACAGUGCCAUUCAGGGUGCAAAGAGCAGGCCCAUUCAGAUCAGUGAUUUUCCACCAUCUCUGACAGUUUAGGAUCGAUUGCCAGGCAAAUCCCACCCUGGGAAAGCAGAUAGAGCAGGGGCCUAAAACCACUAGUGCAAGCCUCCAAGCUUCUCUCCACUGUGCUGGUUUUGUUCAAGCAAAACAAAACAAAAGGCAUUUGCUCGCCCCACUCAAUGCCCAGGCAGUGGAUGCGGGGAGCUGCUGCCCAGAGCGAUAGGACAGCCCCGAGAGGAGCCUGCGGGGCUGCAGUGAUCCCAAGUCAGCAUCACAGGGACCGGUUCUCCAUUUCCCCAGCCAGGCCGAAGUGCAGCCCCAUGCUUUCACACCGUGCUCCAGACCACAUUAACACCAAGGAGUAGUUUGGGAGAGCGUGCGAGCCUUCAGGAGCAUUUCACUACAUCGGGAGUUGGCAGCGAUUCCUGGGCUGAGGUUACACCAGAAAAUCCAGCCCGUCCACAUGGGUGGAAUCGAGUCCUCGUGGCUGAGCAAAACCGGACGCACCCAGGCUCUUUCCAAGUCAAGCAUUAAAGCUUUGUUUGCUUUACCAGGGGCAAGCUGCCCCAAAUGGGCCAUGGCAAAGGGACUAGCUCGACCCCAACGGAAGGGGAGUAAGAGUUCAAAGGGACGCUGUUAACCUGGAAAAUCUCUGCAGUGUUUGAAGGCUGUGCGCAUGGGAACUCCACCCACCUUCCGCUGCCCUCGCUUACUCAGCGAGGCGUCUGAAAAGAGAUUCAAGCCCGAAGCAUCUAGGUUGGAGACCAAAUGAAGCCUGGUGGCCCAGCAUGUGAAGCUGUUUGUGCAGUGAGCACCCCUCACCCACCUGCCAAGGUGCAGAGUCCACUUCAGGAAUUCAUCUGGCAGCCAGAGAGCUUGAUCAUAAAUUAAAAUCAGGGAUAAAAAACUUAUAGCCAUUGAAAUGCCGGUGACUGGUGACUUUUGGGAGGAGAAUUAUUGGCUUCAUGGUCAUUCAGGAGGGAGGGCUCCUGGUUUUAGAGAAGUGUUUGAGAGGAGAAAGAUCUUGAUGGAUGUAAGCCGUGGUUCACCUCGAGACACUUAAAUACGAACAUUUUCCACUAUAAGCGCACAAGUGAUUCUGUGCAGGGCAGGGGAUCGUCCCUGUUUUGAAGCAUCCAGGAUGGUUGCUUCAUGCAUUCACAGCCUUGGAAAGGGAACAUGCAACUUGGGCAGGCCUCCCCUUAGCCAGCGGUCGGUUAUGUUGGCCCCCCGGAUGGCCACAGCCAGGUAAACACUGUUGCACAGGGCUGGAUGGACACCUGGCUUGGCUGAAGUGCUCUCAGCUCUCUCCCAGGUUCUGGGCUCCGGGAAAGGUGCUCCCAGCAUCAAAUCCAACUGGGGCUCCAAAGCACAACACUGCCUGGGAACAGCUCUGGGUGGAUGCAGAUGGAGCUGUGAAGGAGACGCAUCCGAGCCCUUCUCUCUCAGGAGGCACCAGCACAGGGCUAGCAGAGGGCCUGCUUUCACCACAGCUGGUUAAGAAUUAAGUUGCAUGCAUCUCUCAGUGAAGACAGUGCUUAGUGCCUUGAGGACCUAGCCAUACUGCCACAAACAGGAGCCUAUUUCAGCCGGUACCCUGUGAAACAGCCAGCACAUGGCCAGAAUACAGGCCUGCGUCUGAGUCCGAUAAGGCCUUCACUGAAGUCAACCCCCCUUAUUCUCAGGACAGGACUUGCUCUUUGCAGACCAACAGGCUGGCUCUCCAGCAGCUCCCACACACCCUUGCAGCAGGCAGGCUCUGCGGAUGACGUUGCUGGUGUGCGUGAGGUCCCAUCCUGUCUAGCCCUUUAAUUCCCCCCGUCCUGGUAGAACGGGACCAGCAUUUAAGAGCAGGUCACGCCCCCCCCAUGGAUGCUUCUGCUUCAGGGCUCUCUUCUUCAGCAUGGCUCCCAGGAAAGGGUCCAGGUUCAGGGGAAGCAAGGCCAACCCCCGAGGAUUAAAAGGCAGCCAGGUGGCAGGAUACUUACUUGCUUCAAAGCGUCAUUCUUCCCUCUGCUCCCUCAGGAAAGUAUUCAGGUAAUAAUCUUUCUUCUGUUCUGUGCAGCAAGAACACUUGUAGUUUUAUACCCGACACUCUCGUACUUUAACACGCAUGCAAGGCCGCAAUCUUGACUGACAGGUUUUAAUACAGUAUUCCAGAUUUCAAACUUAAGCUUGUUGUAUCAUAACAGGACAUCUUAGCCAGCCAAAGGCCACAGGUAUUAAGAGUUGAUUGUGCAGUCUACACACUGCCUUUGUAACCCAUCAGCAAAUGAAGGCCAAUGUUGGAAUAAACUGCAUUUGUUUAAAGCUCUACUUCUCAACAGCACAGAAAAUUAUUCUUGUAUAGCAGAUUUUCUAUAUAUUGUUUCUGUAUGUACUGUACAAGUAACUUAUUCUUGAAUAAUGCAAAUUUUGCUACUAUGUAAAGAAUCCUGUUCCUAAAUAAACUGUUUUUAGAAUUUUU